CUCUAUCCUCAUUUCUUCAUUGCCUAGAUAGUAAAUAGCCACUCCCACCACCAUGUAACAAAAUCACAAAUGACACAACCAUUAUUUAUUUAUGCUCCUUAAAAAACACACCCUUCUUUCAUCAACAACACCAACACCAACACCAACGUUAUCAAUGGGUGCAGACAAUAAUCCACUUGCCUCUCCAGCUCUCUCUCUUAGCCUCGCGGGGAUUUUUCGGCAAGGUGGUGUGGCGGCGGAGGGUGAAGGGACGACAAGUAACAUGGAGGUGGAGGAAGGGGAAGAGGGGAGCACCGUGGGAGGUGAGCGCGUGGAGGAGAUAAUUAGCAGCGAUAAUUCAGGUCCUACAAAAUCCAGAUCAGAAGAUUAUUUUGAAGGAGAAGAUGAUGAAGGUGAAGGUAAUGAUGAUGAUGAUGGUGAUACUAACAAUAAUAAUAAUAAACACAAGAACAAAAAGAGGAAGAAAUAUCAUAGGCACACUGCUCAGCAGAUCAGAGUCAUGGAAGCGCUUUUCAAAGAGUCACCACAUCCUGAUGAAAAACAGAGGCAACAACUUAGCAAACAAUUAGGCCUUGCUCCUAGGCAAGUUAAAUUUUGGUUCCAAAAUCGUCGAACCCAAAUCAAGGCAAUACAAGAGCGACAUGAAAAUUCAUUGUUGAAAACAGAAAUAGAGAAACUAAGGGAGAAAAACAAGAGCCUAAGAGAGACCAUAAACAAAGCUUGUUGUCCAAACUGUGGGGUACCAACCACAAAUAGAGAUGGUGCUAUGCCAACUGAAGAACAACAACUACGUAUUGAAAAUGUCAAACUCAAAGCUGAGGUAGAGAAACUGAGAGCAAGUUUAGGGAAAUAUGCAUCAGGGACAAUGUCCCCUUCAUGUUCUACUAGCCAUGACCAAGAGAAUAAAAGUUGUUUGGAUUUUUAUACUGGAAGUUUUGGUCUUGAUGAGUCAAGGAUAAUGGAUGUAGUAAACCAAGCAAUGGAGGAACUUAUAAAGAUGGCUACAAAGGGUGAACCAUUAUGGCUACGUAGCUUAGAAACUGGUCGUGAAAUACUUAAUUAUGAUGAAUAUAUUAAAGAGUUUGCAAUUGAAAAUUCAGAUAAUGGAAGACCAAAGAGAUCCAUUGAAGCUUCAAGAGAUACAGGGCUUGUUUUUUCAGAUCUCCCUCGGAUUGUCCAAUGUUUUCUAGAUGCUAAGCAAUGGAAGGAAAUGUUUCCAUGUUUAAUAUCGAAGGCAGCAACCGUUGACAUUAUAUGCAAAGGAGAAAAUUCUAACAACAAUGGUGCCGUGCAACUGAUGUUUGCUGAGCUACAAAUGCUAACUCCAAUGGUACCAACUAGAGAAGUAUAUUUUGUGAGAUACUGCAAACAGUUGAGUGGUGAACAAUGGGCAAUCGUUGAUGUGUCCAUAGACAAAGUAGAAGACAACAUUGAUGCAUCCCUCGUCAAGUGCAGAAAACGCCCCUCCGGUUGCAUUAUUGAGGAUAAGUCAAACGGCCAUUGCAAAGUAACAUGGGUGGAGCACUUGGAGUGCCAAAAGAGUGCAGUUCAUUCAAUGUAUCGCACCAUUGUCAACAGUGGCUUAGCCUUUGGGGCAAGGCAUUGGAUAGCGACCCUUCAACUUCAAUGCGAACGUCUAGUUUUCUUCAUGGCAACAAAUGUUCCCAUGAAGGAUUCAACUGGUGUUGCUACAUUGGCUGGAAGAAAAAGCAUUUUGAAGUUGGCACAAAGAAUGACAUGGAGUUUCUGUCAUGCUAUUGGUGCCUCAAGCCUCCAUACAUGGACUAAGGUUACUAGUAAAACAGGUGAAGACAUACGAGUCAGUUCUAGAAAGAACCUGAAUGAUCCUGGUGAACCUCUUGGGUUGAUACUGUGUGCAGUUUCUUCUGUAUGGUUGCCUAUAUCUCCUAAUGUUCUGUUUGAUUUCUUGAGGGAUGAAGCUCGUCGGACUGAGUGGGAUAUCAUGUCCAGUGGUGGGAGUGUGCAGUCCAUUGCAAAUUUAGCCAAAGGACAAGACAGAGGCAAUGCAGUAACCAUCCAAACAGUUAAAUCAAAUGAAAACAAUAUGUGGAUACUGCAAGAUAGCUGCACAAAUUCCUAUGAAUCAAUGGUGGUAUAUGCUCCUGUGGACAUUACUGGUAUUCAGUCUGUGAUGACUGGAUGUGAUUCGAGCAAUCUUGUCAUUCUUCCCUCAGGAUUCUCAAUUGUUCCUGAUGGUCUCGAGUCAAGGCCAAUGGUGAUCACUUCAAGGCAGGAAGAAAAAAAUACAGAGGGAGGAUCUUUGUUUACAGUAGCAUUCCAGAUCCUUACCAAUGCUUCUCCUACAGCCAAAUUAACAAUGGAGUCUGUGGACUCGAUCAACUCUCUUGUAUCAUGUACAUUGAGACACAUCAGAACAAGUUUACAUUGUGAAGAUGGUUAGACAAAAUCACACAAUUGCUAGAUAGAUUUAAAAUAUCAGUGAUGAUAAGCUUCUGUUUUCUAUCUCUUUUUUGUUUAGUAUUUGGUAUGGGCGAAAAAAUUGCUAGUGGUUUUCCCUUUAGAGUUUUGUUAAUCAUUCUAUUAGAAAUUAGAAAGGAGGGUUUGGACUGAAUAUUAAUCUCUUGUAUAUAAUUAUCAUAUCAUUUAUUAGUUCCUUAUGUGGAUGAUUUAUUCGCA